CCCGGAGGAGUACUAUGCAUCUAUCGAUGACGUCUGCAGGUCUUGUUGGGAGGAGAUCUGGGGGUGACAAGGCCCUUAAUUAUUCGAAAUUUCAGAGAUAAUUCAGGGAUUCCGGAGGCUCUCAAUGGCCCAAAACACAUUCAGCACGACAUCAAAAGACGGAAAUAUAAUACAGUUCACCUAAGAAUGUCCAGAGCGUGCUGUUCGUUUUUCUCCGACUUCCAACUGCAUCUCAGAGUCAAACGCUCAUGGCCACAGGGUCGACGGUGUGUGGGGCCCAUGCAAGUCGCAGAACUUUUCAUGGCCAUUUUCAAACGUUGUUUGUUGUCCACUUGAAGACUGGAACAUGACACAAUCCCUUGAACACAAACUUGUCAUUACUCCGAGAUAUUAUGCUGCAUUUAUUGCUGACAGCACAGUAUAAAAUUGACACUCUGGAGAUGAAAGAGCUUGGAUCAGUCGGAACCACUAAAAGUUUGAGCUUCGCUUGGAUAAGGAUUCAGCGGAAGAUUCUGUCUAUUAAGACUCAGAUCUUCACACUUACUUCACUGCCGCCGCAUCUCAAAUUCUGUACCAGGCAGCCUCCAUCUCCACGCCUUUUCACAUGGGGCCGGCAGUUUUUACAUUCUCCACACUCCGCAGUUCUCGCCCUCCCUCUCUGAUAUAAUUGCUUCCUCUGAAGAAACGCUUCGUUGAGCAGCGAUCUAUCAAUUCCUUCCUUCUUUUACUCCUUCUCCUUGCUUGAGCGAAGGCACUGCACUAGAUAAAUCUUUUGCACUCUUCCACAGACAUCUUCGAACCACGAAUACUCACCGCGUUGGAAGUAACAAGUGUCAACACCAAUUCAGCACCCUCAAUAAUUCAUAGCGUCCAUAUGCGGAUUUUCAGCUCAGUGGACUGUUGUGUUGGAGCAUAGCCGAAAUUAACACGAUGCAACGGGGGAGGACGCGCUCGUUGGCAUCUUUUCUCCCCAUACAAGGAACAGGUUGCUCACUAUGGAUCACUUUCGUCUUCUUAUUACCUGUACGUUGCUUUAGCAACAAAUUUCAGUCUGGUGAGAAGGAUAACCUACAGUGACAGUGUACAUGACUUUCCGUUGAAGCAGACGGGCAAUGCCUGCUUCUCUACUUUUUUUGACCGAAGAAUUACUGACAAGAAUUCAUCUCGCUCUUAAGAAUGGAUCACCCUACCUCUGCCACACGUCACGCCCUAAAUGUUACCCACUCCAGAUGUUGAUGAUUUUUAUGUAUAUAGAGCUUUAGUUGCCUAGUUUACUUCCCCGUGUGUUUGCGAAUUUCCUACACAUAUCCUUCAGUCAUGCAAUUGCGAAUUGAUGAGUGGAGCACUAGGUCAAGUCAUCUUCUACCAUGCCUUUUAAUUCUCAUAGUUUCUCCGGAAUAUCCAAUCGAGAUUUUGUCUCGAAUCAGGAAGGGAACGAAAAUCCAACUGUAUUUUCUGAAGCCAUCAGAAGAGACUGGAAAGUCAGUACUCAAACGAGCGUGUACUCUCCAAACAUUCAAUUUCUUGGUUUUUGUAUGCAUAUCAAAUAUCCGCUUCAAAAGUUGUGGGGCUGUGUGAGAAUUCAAAGAGGAUGUGGAGCUAAUUUUAUAAAAAGAGGCAAAGACGCAGAAAGCGUCACUACAGUGCAGGGUGUACUGGUGUCAUGUGUGGUCUGGCAGAGACGACGAAAGUGUCCGUCCUUUUCCCGACUUUGUUUCUGUGGAGUAAUCUCUCCAGUCCACAAGUCAUAUUUAGAGACUUUUCAUUGUCUUGUAGUAUUUUCUGGAAGAAGUUUGAUUGUCAAUUUCAAAGAGCUAUUAUUACCGAAUAUUGUGAAAAAUAAUGCGUACGAGGUCGUGCAUCAUCUACGGUUCCAUGUUUGAUGGAGGCCUGCCAUGAAGCGAAGGGACAAUUACUUCAGAGAUGCCAAAGAGCAUUGGGGAGACAGUGGAAGAGCAGUUCAGUGAUUAUCCAGAAUCUUCUUGAGUAGUUGAUGUUUCCGUAUUCACGACCGAAGGCACAAUGAAACCACCGCCUAAACAAGGCAUGGGAGGGAGGAGCAAGGCCUGAUAGAAAUCGUCAGAGUUUCGAGUGCCACCUUGUCUGUUCCCGAUCAUGAGUUGCAAGCAAUAUGACUAAAGUGUUGCUGAAAUUGUGGAAUGAACUUAUCCACCCAUCAAAUUCGUUCCUGGAAUUUAUGUUCGAAGUCAACUCUUGUGGUGUUCUUAGCAUCUUUGAAUAUGUAUUCCAUUCACGCCUCCACGGAGACGUUGACUUCAAGAGGAAUCAGUAUUCAAUAUGACGACUCCUGAGUAUUGUUCUCAUCUCAAGCAUCUGUACGAUGAAUUGCUGAAUAAUAUCACAGUUCAAGGAUUAUCAUCCGAAACCAGUCUGACAGUUCCCAGGGCGUGAGUAUCUGUCAUGGACGAGCUACGACAACACUCGAUUGCCCCACAUGCCUGGCCGUGGAAUCUGUUAGAAGAGAUUCAUACUGAAAUAUAUUUCAUGUGUGACUCCCUAACCAGCAAGCAGAGUAUUGCAACAUGUGCAUGAAGUUCAAGUGCAGAUAUCGGAUCAUUCAUGUCUUUCUGUAUCAAAUGGUCCAAACAAGUUAAGGAUAUAAAUUCCAUACACAAACAUGGGACCAUACAAACCGCGGAGCUGGAGGUGUGGGAAUCAGGUCCACGUAUAGAUCUGCUCAAUGAUAAGUUAGUGUUAUGUCUCAAGGAUCUUCAUGUCUCAGACCAUACAUUUCCUGAACAUGCAUAUCCCCGUCUGAUAACUUUUGUAAUACUCUUACCCAAACUCGUACACUUUCCAUGUAUACCGCGAUUCGAUUUUAUAUUCGC